AGGGAGACACUGAGAACCCACGUUCCUAGAGGGUCUGCCACAGCUAGGGAAGCCCACCGCAAGAAGUUUGCAGAAGUAGCUAGCCAGAGCUUUGGGGACUGAGUUAGGAUGAAAGUCCUGGACAGACCUAUCACAGAGAGAGAAGAAACGCAGUCACUAUGCAGCCACAGAGUGUCCAGGGGCUCAGCAAGAUCAGUGAGGAGCCCUCAACAUCCAGUGAUGAGAGGGCCUCACUAAUCAAGAAGGAGAUCCAUGGGUCCCUGCCGCACCUGGCUGAGCCCUCCGUUCCCUAUCGAGGGGCCGUGUUUGCCAUGGACCCCAGGAAUGGCUACAUGGAGCCCCACUACCACCCGCCUCAUCUUUUUCCUGCAUUUCAUCCUCCUGUGCCAAUCGAAUCGCGACACCAUGAGGGGCGUUACCAUUAUGAUCCGUCUCCGAUUCCACCCUUGCAUGUGCCUUCUGCCUUAUCUAGUAGCCCAACAUAUUCGGACCUUCCCUUCAUUAGGAUCUCCCCACACCGGAACCCUGCUGCAGCUUCAGACUCCCCCUUCAGCCCUCCACAUCCAUACAUCAAUCCUUAUAUGGACUACAUCCGGUCUCUGCACAGCAGCCCAUCCCUCUCCAUGAUCUCAGCAGCCCGGGGCCUGAGCCCCACAGACGCCCCCCAUGCUGGAGUCAGCCCAGCUGAAUACUACCAUCAGAUGGCCCUGCUGGCCGGCCAGCGCAGCCCCUAUGCGGACAUCAUCCCCUCAGCUGCCACCGCGGGCGCAGGGGCCAUCCACAUGGAGUACCUGCACGCCAUGGAUAGCACCAGAUUCCCCAGCCCCAGGCUGUCAGCUAGGCCGAGCCGAAAACGCACACUGUCCAUAUCACCACUGUCUGAUCAUAGCUUUGACCUUCAGACCAUGAUAAGGACAUCUCCCAACUCCUUGGUGACCAUCCUCAAUAAUUCCCGCAGCAGCUCUUCAGCAAGUGGCUCCUAUGGUCACUUAUCUGCAAGUGCAAUCAGCCCUGCCUUGAGCUUCACCUACCCUUCAGCACCAGUGUCUCUCCAUAUGCAUCAGCAAAUCUUAAGCCGGCAACAGAGCUUAGGUUCUGCCUUUGGACACAGUCCUCCGCUCAUCCACCCUGCCCCGACUUUUCCAACACAGAGGCCUAUUCCAGGGAUCCCUGCAGUUCUUAACCCGGUGCAGGUCAACUCCGGUCCAUCCGAGUCCUCACAGCACAAGCCCACGAGUGAGUCUGCAGUGAGCAGCACCGGGGAUCUGGUGCACAACAAGCGGUCCAAGAUCAAACCCGACGAGGACCUCCCCAGCCCCGUUCCACGGGGCCAGCAGGAACAGCCUGAAGGAACAACACUGGUCAAGGAGGAAGGGGACAAAGAUGAAAGCAAACAGGAGCCUGAAGUAAUCUAUGAGACAAACUGCCACUGGGAAGGCUGCACCAGGGAGUUUGACACCCAGGAGCAGCUGGUGCACCAUAUAAAUAAUGAUCAUAUUCAUGGAGAGAAGAAGGAGUUCGUGUGCCGGUGGCUGGAUUGCUCAAGGGAGCAGAAGCCCUUCAAAGCCCAGUACAUGCUGGUGGUGCACAUGCGGAGACACACGGGAGAGAAGCCGCACAAAUGCACUUUUGAAGGUUGCACAAAGGCCUACUCGAGACUAGAAAACUUGAAAACGCACUUGAGAUCUCACACUGGAGAGAAACCGUACGUCUGUGAGCAUGAAGGGUGCAACAAGGCAUUCUCCAACGCCUCCGACCGUGCCAAGCACCAAAACAGAACACAUUCCAAUGAGAAACCAUACGUGUGCAAGAUCCCAGGCUGCACCAAACGCUACACGGACCCAAGCUCCCUCCGGAAACACGUAAAGACAGUGCAUGGUCCAGAGGCUCACGUCACCAAGAAGCAGCGUGGGGACAUACAUCCUCGGCCCCCACCACCUCGGGAUUCUGGCAGCCAUUCACAGUCCAGAUCCCCUGGCCGGCAGACUCAGGGAGCCCUUGGUGAGCAGAAGGACCUCAGCAAGACUACCUCAAAGCGCGAGGAAUGCCUUCAGGUGAAAGCGGUCAAGGCAGAGAAACCCAUGACAUCUCAGCCAAGCCCUGGUGGUCAGUCUUCAUGCAGCAGCCAACAGUCCCCCAUCAGCAACUAUUCCAACAGUGGGCUCGAGCUUCCUCUGACUGAUGGAGGUGGUGUAGGAGACCUCAGUGCCAUUGAUGAAACCCCGAUCAUGGAUUCAACCAUUUCCACCGCAACCACGGCGCUUGCUUUGCAAGCCAGGAGAAACCCGGCAGGGACCAAGUGGAUGGAGCAUGUCAAACUAGAAAGGCUCAAACAAGUGAAUGGAAUGCUUCCUCGACUGAACCCUAUUCUACCCCCCAAAGCCCCUGCCGUCUCUCCUCUCAUAGGAAAUGGCACACAGCCCAGUAAUAGCUGCAGUUUGGGUGGGCCCAUGACCCUCCUCCCGAACAGAAGCGACCUUUCUGGGGUGGACAUCACCAUGGUGAACAUGCUCAACAGGAGGGACAGCAGCACUAGCACCAUCAGCUCGGCUUACCUGAGCAGCCGCCGCUCCUCAGGCAUUUCGCCUUGUUUCUCCAGCCGGAGGUCCAGCGAAGCCUCCCAGGCCGAGGGGCGGCCCCAGAACGUGAGUGUAGCCGACUCCUACGACCCCAUCUCCACCGACGCCUCGCGCCGGUCCAGCGAGGUCAGCCAGUGCGAUGGUCUGCCCAGCCUGCUUAGCCUCACGCCGGCCCAGCAGUACCGCCUGAAAGCCAAGUAUGCAGCUGCCACUGGCGGGCCUCCACCCACCCCACUGCCCAACAUGGAGAGGAUGAGCCUGAGGACCCGGAUGGCCUUACUCGGAGACGCCCGGGAGGCCACAGGGACGCUGCCUCCUGUGCACCCUCCCCGCAGAUGUAGCGAUGGGGGUGCCCACAGCUAUGGCCGGCGCCCGCUGCUGCCCCAGGAUGCGCUGGGCAAUGGUGUGAGAAGAGCCAGCGACCCGGUGAGGACAGUGUCAGAGAGUCUCUCCCUGCCCAGGGUGCCGAGGUUCAGCAGCCUUAACAGCUUCGGCCCUCCGGGCUUGCCUUCAUCCCUGGACAAGCGUAACUUAGUACUUCAGAAUUAUACUCGGCCAGAGGGUGGUCCAUUCCGCCACUUCCACUCAUCUCCCUGUCCCCCCAGCAUUACUGAGAAUGUCACCCUGGAGUCCCUGAGCAUGGACUCUGAUGUGAACCUGAACGAUGAGGAUUUCUUGCCCGAUGAUGUGGUGCAGUAUUUAAAUUCCCAGAACCUAGUAGGAUAUGAGCAACACUUCCAGAGUGCCAUGUCUGAUGACAGCAAAGUGCCCCAUGGGCCUGACUUGGGGAGUGGCCAUGGUGACCUUGACCCAUCUGGGCUGCCAGAUAACCAUGCCAGCCAGCAGUACCGUGGGCUGGAGCAGCCCAGCACCGAAGCCAACAAAAGUGACCUGCCCAUUCAGUGGAACGAGGUCAGCUCAGGCAGUGCAGACCUGUCCUCCUCUAAGCUGAAAUGUGGCCAGCGGGGCCCACCACAGCAGGCUCGAGCCUUUGGGUUAUACAACAGCAUGGGCAUGCACCCACAGAGUUCCUUGAGGAAUGGGACUGGCCCAGCUGGGGGUUAUCAGACCCUUGGGGAGCAUGGCAGCUCUUACAGUGGUCCAGAACACUUGGUGAGCCAAACUGGCAGCACUGCCCCCAACGGAACCGCUUUCCAUGAACAGCCCUAUAAGACCCAGCAGUAUGGGAGCUACCUCAAUAGACAGCCAGGGCUCCCCGGCUCACUCGAUGGUGCCUGCAGUGCUGGGAUCCAAGUGUCAAAGCUGAAAAGCACCACCAUGCAAGGAAACAGGAGCCAGCCAGACUUUGGCCUGCUGGUGGCACCAAAUGAGUCCACUGGCAGCACAGUAAGCGGCAUGCUGACCCAAGACCCGGUGGGGCAGAGGUGUUUGGCUCUUCAGCUGCAGAGCGACAGCAUGCAUCACCAGGGGGCAGGCCGCCCAGGUCAGCAGAUGCUAGGGCAGGUUAGUGCUACCUCACACAUCAACGUCUGUCCAGGGCCAGAGAGCGGCCUUCCAGGGCCUCCCAGCAUCAGCAGCCAGCCAUCCAGCUUGGCAGUUAUCAGGGGCUACCAACCGUGUGCCGGCUAUGGGGGCAGCAGGCGCCAGGCUGUGCCAAGGGGUGGUCUUACUCUGCAGCAAGGACAGCUCAGUGACACAAGUCAGACCUGCAGGGUGAAUGGCAUCAAGACGGAGAUGCAAGGGCAGCCCCAUCCGCUCUGUUCCAAUGUGCAGAGUUACUCUGGUCAGUUCUAUGACCAAACCAUGGGCUUCAGUCAGCAGGACGUGAAAGCUGGCUCGUUCUCCAUUUCCGAAGCUAGCUGCCUGCUGCAAGGGACCAGUGCCGAGAACUCUGAGUUACUUUCCCCAGGUGCUAACCAGGUGACAAGCACAGUCGACAGCCUCGACAGCCAUGACCUAGAAGGGGUGCAGAUUGAUUUUGAUGCGAUCAUAGAUGACGGGGACCACGCCAGCCUGAUGUCAGAAGCCCUGAGCCCUAGCAUCAUUCAAAACCUUUCCCAUAGCUCCUCCCGCCUCACCACCCCGCGAGCGGCGCUCCCGUUGCCAGUGCUCUCUGUCAGCACCACCAACAUGGCCAUCGGGGACAUGAGUUCUUUGCUGACCUCCCUCGCGGAAGAAAGUAAAUUCCUUGCAGUUAUGCAAUAGGUUUUAGGAAGAAAGGACUGCCAACAGACGUGAAACUUUAGGAGUUUAAAAGAUUAAAUUGACUUUUUUUUUUUUUUUUUGCUGGUUUAUGUUUUUAGUUCUGUAUGUAUUUUAGUAUUCUCAUCUCACCUAACUGGGAUGUGUUUCAAGUAUAUUCCUUUUAUGGAAAAGGACUCUGCAAAACCCUAAAGUGUUCUAGGGAGAAACUGUCUUUCAUUUCAGUUUUCAAUCAGUAUUGUUACACGAACCACCCUUUUUUU